AACAUCAGAAAGGACUCUCUCUCUUCUCUCUCUCUCUCUCUUCUCUCUCUCUCUUCUCUCUCUCUCUCUCUCUUCUCUCUCUCUUCACUCUCUCUAAAACACACAGAGUUUGUGUCACUCUUUUAUUCUCAGUUUUAUUUUUUUAAAAAAAUUGUGUGUUUCUUCUUCUUGAGGGGGGGUCUCUGUUUUCUUGGUGGAGUUUGAGCAGAGAAAGAACAUGGGUUGCUUUUGUUGCGCGGGGAAAUCAUGCACCAAUUCGGACACUGAAGAGUAUGGCCAGAACUUCGACCAGAAACCCUCCAACUUCACUGCCGCAGAAAGCGUCAAAGUUGAUUUCAAAGUGAAUGGGAAAAAAGAAGAUGGUUCUAAAGGUGAUCAGCUUGCUCUGGACGUGAAGAGUUUAAAUUUGAAAGAAGAGGGUUCUCAGGAUGAAAGAGAUAAUGGCAAUCGGGCGCAGUCAUUCAGUUUUAAUGAACUUGAAGCUGCGACGGGAAAUUUUACGGCAGAUUGCUUUUUGGGUGAAGGAGGCUUUGGCAAGGUUUACAAGGGACACUUGGAGAGAAUAAACCAGGUUGUAGCUAUAAAGCAACUUGACCCUAAUGGACUUCAAGGGAUUCGAGAAUUCGCGGUUGAAGUGUUGACAUUGAGUUUGGCAGACCACCCUAAUCUUGUGAAGUUGAUUGGAUUUUGUGCUGAGGGAGAGCAGAGGCUAUUAGUUUAUGAAUUCAUGCCAUUGGGGUCUUUGGAGAACCACUUGCUUGAUCUUCGGCCUGGUAGCAAACCACUGGAUUGGAACACAAGAAUGAAAAUAGCAGCCGGGGCAGCUAGGGGUUUGGAGUAUCUGCAUGAUAAAAUGAAGCCUCCUGUGAUAUAUCGCGACUUGAAAUGCUCUAACAUUUUGUUAGGAGAGGGAUAUCAUCCUAAGUUGUCAGAUUUUGGCCUGGCAAAAGUAGGUCCAAGUGGUGAUAAGACCCAUGUUUCAACAAGGGUUAUGGGCACAUAUGGGUAUUGUGCCCCAGAUUAUGCAAUGACGGGUCAGUUGACAUUUAAGUCAGAUAUUUACAGCUUUGGGGUUGUUCUUUUGGAGCUUAUCACAGGGCGAAAGGCUAUUGAUCAUAUGAAACCUGCCAAAGAACAAAAUCUAGUUGCAUGGGCAAGACCCUUGUUCAGAGAUAGGAAAAAGUUUCCCCAGAUGGUUGAUCCUUUACUUGAAGGUCGAUAUCCGGUGAGAGGGUUAUACCAAGCUCUUGCGAUUGCUGCAAUGUGUGUUCAGGAGCAGCCUAAUAUGCGGCCUGUAAUAGUUGAUGUUGUUACAGCUCUAAAUUACUUAGCUUCUCAGAAGUAUGAUCCUCACCUUCAUCCAGCACAAAGCUCUAGAAGAAGUCCACCUUCUCAGGUAAUGCAAAGGGAUGAUGAUGAUGAACGUAGACUUAUUUUAACCACCGAGCAUGUGACAGACAGAUCAUAAACUAGGAAAGUAGAUUCUUUUUUUUUGCCUGUUCAUAUGCAGUGUCCUUCAUAGUUGCCAAAUUUUGUUUCAUGGGGAGAUAGCAGGUGCCUCAUCAAAUGUAAGUCUCUCUCACAAAGGAAUUUUCUCACUGUACAUGCCAGCAGCUGCUUCUAAUGUACUUAUGAUGCCUUUCUGUAGGAAAAGAAUAUUUCAUUGUUU